GCUAGGUGGCGGGAAGGGUAGCACUCUGUGCUCUAUGUCUAUAAGACUUGUCUACAAGACAAGUAGGUGGCGGGAAGGGUAGCACUCUGUGCUCUAUGUCUACAACACUUGUCUACAAGAGUUGAGCCUAGCAAAACAAAGGAAAUAUAAGUCCUAACUUGGAGUAGAACUUAAGGCACACUUUCCCCACUUUCUAAUCCCUUCACACCUUGAGUACCCGCCUUUCUAAAACUUAAACCAUUGUUCUUUGUUGGCACACAAAACGGAGAUCCCUGGCAUACAGCAGUCCAGGUGUACAGUUGUUUUAGGUUUAGAUAGUAAUGGUUUCUGCAUAAAGCUGUAGAAGUCUUUAUGACUUAUAGCAUAUAUGGAAUAUUUUCUCCCCAAACUUGAUUCCUUGAGUUUCUGAAAGUAGCCCUCUGCCUAGUCCUUGCGAAAUAAUCGCCAGCCCUUAAAUAACAAAAUAACUUUUUUUAAUUAGAAGUACUAAAUUGUUCUCUGAAAUAUCCAGCCAGUUUUCUGUUGAUUACGCUGUGAUACCAAUGAAGAUACAAUUUAGCGUUCUCUUUUACUAUACUAAAAAUGGAGAAAGUUUUGGUAAGACAUUUUAAAGUUGAGGGAAGAUGCAAGAGGAGCCAAACCCUAGUGCUUCCCUUAUUGACAGGACCAUCAAGAUGAGAAAAGAAACUGAAGCUAGGAAAGUGGUUUUAGCCUGGGGACUCUUAAAUGUAUCUAUGGCUGGAAUGAUAUACACUGAAAUGACUGGAAAGUUGAUUAGUUCAUAUUAUAAUGUGACAUAUUGGCCCCUCUGGUACAUUGAGCUUGCCCUUGCAUCUCUUUUCAGCCUUAAUGCCUUAUUUGAUUUUUGGAGAUAUUUCAAAUAUACUGUGGCACCAACAAGUCUGGUUGUUAGCCCUGGACAGCAAACACUUUUAGGGUUGAAAACAGCUGUUGUACAGACUACUCCUCCACAUGACCUGACAGCAACACAGAUCCCUCCCUCUCCACCUUCCCUUUCAAUUCAGGGUCAAAGUGUAUUGAGUUAUAGCCCAUCCCGUUCACCCAGCACCAGUCCCAAGUUCACUACUAGCUGUAUGACUGGAUACAGCCCUCAACUACAAGGUCUGUCUUCAGGUGGCAGUGGUUCUUACAGCCCUGGAGUGACCUACUCACCCAUCAGUGGUUAUAAUAAGUUGGUGAGCUUUAGUCCCUCUCCUCCUUCAUACCCUACCACUGUUGGACCAGUGGAGAGCAGCGGGUUGAGAUCUCGCUACCGUUCUUCUCCCACUGUCUAUAACUCACCUACUGACAAAGAAGACUAUAUGACAGACCUACGGACUUUGGAUACUUUUCUUAGGGGUGAAGAGGAGAAACAGCAUAGGGUUAAGCUGGGGAGCCCAGAUUCUACAUCUCCUUCGAGCAGUCCUACUUUCUGGAACUACAGUCGUUCUGUGGGGGAUUAUGCGCAAACUCUGAAGAAGUUUCAGUAUCAGCUUGCCUGUAGAUCUCAGGCCCCAUGUGCUAACAAAGAUGAAGCCGAUCUCAGUUCUAAACAAGCUGCAGAAGAGGUAUGGGCAAGAGUGACUAUGAAUAGACAACUUCUUGAUCAUAUGGAUUCAUGGACAGCUAAGUUUAGAAAUUGGAUCAAUGAGACAAUAUUAGUGCCGCUUGUACAAGAGAUUGAGUCUGUCAGCACACAGAUGAGACGAAUGGGCUGUCCAGAGCUACAAAUAGGAGAGGCUAGUAUUACUAGCUUGAAACAAGCUGCCUUGGUCAAAGCCCCUCUCAUUCCGACUCUGAAUACAAUCGUGCAGUAUCUAGACCUUACACCAAAUCAGGAAUACUUGUUUGAAAGGAUCAAAGAACUUUCUCAGGGAGGUUGCAUGAGCUCAUUCCGAUGGAACAGAGGUGGAGACUUCAAAGGACGAAAGUGGGACACAGACCUGCCCACUGAUUCUGCCAUCAUCAUGCAUGUAUUUUGCACCUACCUUGAUUCCAGAUUGCCUCCACAUCCUAAGUACCCCGAUGGAAAAACAUUUACUUCUCAGCACUUUGUUCAGACACCAAAUAAACCAGAUAUUACAAAUGAGAAUGUUUUUUGCAUUUAUCAGAGUGCUAUCAACUCUCCCCAUUAUGAGCUGAUAUACCAGCGCCAUGUCUACAAUCUUCCCAAGGGCAGAAAUAAUAUGUUUCAUACAUUGUUAAUGUUUCUCUACAUCAUAAAGACCAAAGAGUCAGGAAUGCUUGGGAGAGUUAAUCUUGGUCUGUCCGGCGUGAAUAUUUUAUGGAUUUUUGGCGAGUAGUGGGUCAUUUCCAAACAUUUGGACUUUUGUUUCACCGAACGAGAAGUUGAAUCUAAGCAACUCUGAGCCAUUUAUUUCUAUGAAAUAAGAUACACAUGUGUAUAUGUUACAGACUCUUCAGAUUUAAGGACAAGAUGGCUAUUAUGAAACUCCCUUGCAAGUGUGUACUGUAUCUUCUACACCAAGAGAUACUAUCUUCAAUUUUACAGCACAUUUUAGAAAUUUCAGUUUACUUUAGGUUUUUGGUUUUUUUUUUUCUUUUUACUAUAGGUUUGUAUUGACCCAAUCAAUGCCAUUCCUUCUUAAUUAGAGUCCUUUUUCAUUGUAUCCCUCAAUGGAGAGUCAUCCACCUGACUCCUCCACCAUAAAAAGUGUUUUUUUAACUCAUGUUAUUUAGUAGUGUGAAGUACUUAGAAAGAAAAUUGCUUAGUUUUUUUUUUUUUACUCUUAUUUCCCCAGUGUUCUGUAAGUCAGCCCAAAGCCCAUAUUGAAAGAAAUGAGGCUAACUCCUAAAUAAUAUAUUAAGUUCAUGGAUGUUUAUAAAUGUUACUAAAGAAGCUUGACAGUUUGGGCAUUUGAGAAGUCAAUUCUUAGAUUAAAUUUAGCUGGUAGAAUUAAUCUAUUUGGGUUUUAGCUAAGAGUCUGAGGCUAUCAAGAAAACAUUUUACUGCUUCAAUUUUAGCAACUCUGUUUCACUGUUUUAUAAUACUGUGUUAUUUUUAAAAUUCCCUUUAUGAUGAUAGUGAUAUCCUAUCCAUUUAAAUUUUUUAGAUAUAUUCAAACUAUCUGGAGAGUGAGAAGUUAACAAAUUUGUAAGUUUUGCUUGACUCUCUGUCUUUAUUUUCUAUAUGUGUGUAUAGUAGCCAGAAUACCAUAUAUUUUCUUGAUCAACAUACUAGAGACUGCUUUCAUUGCCUCAUAAAAAUCUGGAAACAGCUAAAACCAGUAUCUUCAGAAAAAGUGUAUGUUGGUAUUUAUAUAUGCAUCCCAUUUUGUAUAAUUUAUAAGUUCCAUUUUUCAAAAAGUUGUUCUGUUUUUAAAAGUUGAUGUCCAAAGGAAAGCCACUCCCUUCUCUUAACUGCUUUUGGUAUAUGCUAAAUGUAUUUGCUGUGAUGUUUGGGGAAGAAAAAAAUCUGUUAUUUCAAAAGUUACUGAGAUGUCAUGGAGUAACAAUUGCUAUACUGUUAAACUGGUGUACAGCUGCAUAUACUUUAUUAAAAGCAUUCUGAAGAAAAAUUUUAAUAGUAUUUAAGACACAUGGUAUUUUUUGCUUUAUAGGACUUCAG